UUUAAAAUCCUACAAAAACUCUUUUUAAAUAAAAUUUUAAUACUUGUUUAAAACAAACUAUUACCUUUAUAAAAUAACAGUAAUGUCAAACAUAUGCAUCAACUAAAAAUUCGUAAAAUUGUGAAAUAACUUUUUUUUUUGUUGAGGGGAAAUUCAAUCAUGUAACUUCAUCACAACAACCAUCUCUUUCUUUUCCAUAGAAUUUUAAGUUGUUGCACGAAUGGAGAGAUUACAGUGGCGUUGGCGGCAUAAACUGAAAUCAUUUUAAAUUUGACUGUCGAUCGAAUCGUUUGAUCGUGUUUUUUUAUAACACAAAAUUUGAGAUAGUAUUUUACAUAUAUAAUACUUCCAUUUAAAAAAAAAAAGACUUCUUGGCAAUUAUUCAAGUGCAUUUUUAUUUAUAAAGAAAAAAAUCUAACAAAUUACAAAACCAUCUCAAAAAAUAAUGUCUUUCGUUGCUGGCAAAGAAAAUAUCUCUGAAAAUAUGGAACGCUUUUCAUUAAAGAGUCCUAGGAAAAUCUUGACAGACAACGUUUCAAACGUUCGCAAUGGACAAAUUCCUAUGUUUAACGCCGACUCUCACAUGAAAGUGGUGCAACCGCAACAGCAAGUGCUAUCGUCACCAGCUUCAUCAGCGGCCACUAGCUUGGUCAACAAAGAAACUACUCCUUUUGAUCCUCAAUUGGAACCUUUGUUGAAGGAAAACCCUCGUCGUUUUGUCAUCUUUCCAAUUCAAUAUCAGGACAUUUGGGAAAUGUACAAGAAGGCCGAGGCAUCUUUCUGGACUGUUGAAGAGGUAGAUCUAUCGAAAGACAUGUCUGAUUGGGAAAAUCUGACAUCAGGUGAACGUCAUUUUAUUUCGCACGUGCUUGCCUUCUUUGCUGCAUCCGAUGGCAUUGUGAAUGAAAAUCUGGUUGAACGUUUCAGUCAGGAAGUUCAAGUUACUGAGGCUAGAUGCUUCUAUGGUUUCCAAAUUGCCAUGGAAAAUGUGCACUCGGAAAUGUACAGUAUUUUGAUUGACUCAUACAUUAGAGAUCCAAAAGAGCGGGACUAUCUCUUCAAUGCCAUUGAAACCUUGCCAUGUGUUAAGAAGAAGGCCGAUUGGGCUAUGGCAUGGAUUUCAAGCAAGUCAGCCAACUUUGGUGAACGUAUCAUUGCCUUUGCUGCAGUUGAGGGAAUCUUCUUCAGUGGUAGUUUUGCAUCGAUCUUUUGGUUGAAAAAGCGUGGUCUUAUGCCAGGUUUGACAUUCUCCAAUGAAUUGAUUUCCCGUGACGAAGGUCUUCAUUGUGACUUUGCCUGCUUGAUGUUCCGGCAUUUGUUGCAGAAGCCAAGCAAAGAACGUAUAAUCGAAAUUAUCUCCGAAGCUGUUAAGAUUGAACAGGAGUUCCUUACUGAUGCCCUGCCCUGCAAUCUUAUCGGCAUGAAUUGUGAUCUUAUGUCGCAGUAUAUUGAAUUUGUUGCCGAUCGCCUACUUCGUGAAUUGGGAGUUGAUAACCUUUAUAACACACCAAAUCCCUUCAGUUUUAUGGAACUAAUAUCCCUGGAAGGCAAGACAAACUUCUUUGAAAAGAAGGUCGGCGAAUACCAAAAGUGGGGAGUGACAGCGAAUCCACUGAACAAUGUUUUUACAUUGGAUGCAGAUUUUUAAAUCAAAUUCUUUCUACCUGAUUUUAGACAUUUAAUUUAUUUUUAAGUCCUCUUCUCUCACAUUGUCAUUUUGGGGUUUUGAUCGGUAUUCAAAGGUUCUUUUCUUCAACAAACACUUUUUUAUAUUUUAAUAUUUUCUAUUGUUUGUUUGGUUCAUAAGAAAAAAAUAUUCUUGAAUUAAUGAUUUUAUUUUUCACUGUAAAAUUUUCUUUCAUCACAAGUCACCUGACAGCACAUCCAUCUAUUCUAAUUUAGUUAAUAAAAUGUGAACUAACGCUCGUUGUAAAUAUAUUAAUAAAAUUAAAUAUACUUUAUCUACAUAUU